AUGGAUUCAGACAGUUCGGAGGCCGGCUCUCCCAGCCCGGCUUUGCAGCCCCAGGCCAUCCCGGGCGCAGUCCACUUGCCGUUCGACCAAAACGCAGCUCCCGUAAUCAACAACCAAGUCAGCCAAGCAAUCACCGGCCAUCCGGUGCAGCAUGCCACCGCUUCUUAUCCUCAUUUCGACAACACCGAUUAUGCUGCUCAGCCGCAGAUCGACGGUCAUCAAGGAAACGCACCCGUUCUCAAUCAGGGUUCACAUAUCGACUCCCAUCACGGUGGUGGGGUUCAAGGCAGCUUCGAUGGCCAGCAGGCUCAACCCGCCUUUUCAGCUAAUUACCUGAGCAACAACAAUCAGCCGCUUAACAACGAUCACCCUGUCGUCUUCAACCAGCCUUUUGCGCCCAAUCAGGCUCUCGCAUUCAACCAUCCUGCUGGCAUGAACCAUCCUGUUGCGGCCAACCAGCCUAUUCCUGUCAAUAUGCCUGUGGCAAUCCCCCACGCCCAGGCGCACCAUCCCGCUGUUCGUGCGCUUUUCACAGUGACACAGUUUACGCCCAAGGAGGAGAAAUCUACCAGCAUUGCCCUACUUGCAGGGCUAGGGGAGCCGCUAGGCGCCUUGCUGUGCAGUUUUCCUAUGUUUCGAUCGAUGACGCUGAGGAUAAUCAAGCCGAGUAAGAGGGCUAAACUCGCGGGGGACAGCGUCAUUCGCGGCUAUAGACAUGGAGUACUAUGCCAGCCGGGGGACUGGAGCCUAGAAGGACUUCGGGUUCGAACUUCGAUCGAGGAUUCAAGACGGUGGGCUUAA